AAGCGGUUAUCAUCAGGGCUGUAGCUCUCGGCAUGGUAAGCAGGUGUCAGUGUGGUCAUCUUGUGUCUAUUAAUGGAGUACAUGCGGAAGAAGUGCUUCACUUUCUCACCGACCUGGGGUGUAAUGUACACGCAGAUUAAUUUUGAAGCCACCAAUAAAGAAGCAGAGGAAGUGAAGGAAGUUCCAGAAGUUGAGCCUCCAGAUGUUUUCAGUAUUAUUGUAGAUUCUAACAAAGGUAGCGAGAUGUUUUUGCAAGAAGGAGACAUUGCAGUAGACAUCAGUCGCAGCGCCAUAAAGUGUAAUGACGAUUUCUGCAGAUGGAUUAAAAACAGUAACGGACUAGUUAAUGUGCCGUACACCCUCUCAUCCAGCUUCAGUAGCGAUUUUGUGUUUUCCAUAAAAACGGCCAUGCAGGAAUUUGAGACUCUCACCUGCGUCCGGUUCGUGCCUAGGACUACAGAAGCAGAUUAUUUGCAAAUCAUUUCAAAAAGCGGAUGUUGGUCCUACAUUGGGAAGCAAAAAGGAGGCCAGCAACUCUCUCUGGAUACUCCAUGCAAUGCGUUCGGAACCAUCCAACAUGAGCUGAACCACGCUUUGGGAUUGUUCCAUGAGCACAGCAGAAGCGACCGCGACAACUAUGUGGAUAUAUUAUUGGAUAACAUCAUUCCAGGAGCAGCACCCAACUUUCAGAAAUUCGAUUCGGAAAACUUAGGACUUGAAUACGACUACUCCUCUGUAAUGCACUAUGGAAGAAAUGUCUUCGCCAAAGCAAGUAAUCUAGCUACUAUCGUACCAAAACCAGAUGCCAGUGUGCCCAUUGGGCAAAGAUACGGCCUCAGUACCUUGGAUGUUGCAAAAAUAAACAAGAUGCAUCAAUGCGGAAUAUGUCGGGGAUUGCUGUCUAACGCUACAGGAUCGUUCACUUCUUCCAACUACCCUAACAAUUAUCCCAGUAAUACCAACUGUGUUUGGCUCAUUCGCAUCCCAUCUAAUCAGAUUUUCUUGCAGUUCAUCGCUUUUGAUGUCCAGAACUCCCCGGACUGCGCCUCCGAUUACAUAAGAAUUUAUGAUGGUGCAGAUAGGUCGGCUCCGCUAUUACUUGACAGAAGUUGCGGAACCGGAGACAUGCCCCCGAUGGUUUCUACUGGAAAUAAGAUGCUUAUUGAAUUUGUCAGUGAUAAUAUGGCUACUAUGGCCACUGGAUUCAAGGCUUCAUAUAGUACUGUGAAUUGUGGCUCUAUGCUCAUCAGUCCUACAGGAACCAUCUCAUCCCCCAUGUACCCUGCUAACUAUCCCCCAUUGAUGGAUUGUACCUGGGUCAUUAAUGCCCCUGCUGGGUUUGUGGUGUCUUUAAAUGUGACAGACUUCAAUGUGGAACUCCAGUCAGCCUGCAUUUUUGAUUAUCUUCUUGUGUUUAAUGGACCGAAAGUAACCUCCCCUCUGAUUGGCCGAUAUUGUGGCCGGGGGAUCACCAUUCCCCCUAUCAAGUCAACAGGAAAUACUCUUCUUCUUCAGUUCCGCAGUGACCGAUCCAUUCAAGGAUCUGGAUUUUUUGGCAAAUAUGCUUUUGAAAAGAAAUGAGCAGAAGAAGAUGAAUUUUGGCAUAAUUAUCCUUUGAUCUAAAUGGGAAAAUAGAUACAAGAAAUGAAGAAGUAGAUGUAAUACUCUAUUGCUCCUCUGCACAUCACAUGAUGUCCAUGAUCACAUGAUGUCCAUUACUACUAUAGGCAUAAGAAACCGGUCAAAACGUUAAAAUUAUAAGUUGUAAAGUUUUAUUUUUAUUUAAUUGUAAACAGCAAUAAAGGCAACAAGUACA